GGAGUCCUUGCUUGAGCUGCAACACCACGCGCCUCUGACCCAGAAGGCCCCCUCCUGGCUAGCACAGGUUCACUGGCCGCGAGCUGCUCCAGCCCUGGCGGUGGCUCUGACAGUAGCUGGCUCAGGAUACGGAGCAGACAGAGCAAGGAAAAAGACGCCGAUCGCCCAGGACUAGCAAACCAGGUCCUCAAUGCCUGGCACCUAUGCAAGCCACGUGCGACCCCCGGUUAUAACCUGCGUGCGGACCGGAGCAUGAUCUGUGCCCAGUUGGAGGCUGCCAAGAAUCUGUACCAGAACAGGUUUUUAGGCCUGGCUGCCAUGGCGUCUCCAUCUAGAAACUCCCAGAGCCGACGCCGGUGCAAAGAACCCCUCCGGUACAGCUAUAACCCAGACCAAUUCCACAACAUAGACAUCAGAAAUGGUGCCCAUGAUGGCAUCACCAUCCCUCGCUCCACCAGUGACACUGACCUGGUCACUUCAGACAGCCGCUCUACACUCAUGGUCAGCAGUUCCUACUAUUCUAUAGGGCACUCCCAGGAUUUGGUGAUCCACUGGGACAUCAAGGAAGAAGUGGAUGCUGGAGACUGGAUUGGCAUGUACCUUAUUGGUGAAGUCUCAUCUGAAAACUUUCUGGAUUAUAAGAACCGUGGAGUCAAUGGUUCUCACAGAGGCCAGAUCAUUUGGAAGAUUGAUGCCAGCUCUUACUUUGUGGAAUCUGAAACUAAGAUCUGCUUCAAAUACUACCAUGGAGUAAGUGGGGCCCUGAGAGCUACAACCCCCAGUGUCACUGUCAAGAACUCAGCAGCCCCUAUUUUUAAAGGUAUUGGCUGUGAAGAGACUGUGCAAAGUCAAGGAAGCAGAAGGCUGAUCAGCUUCUCUCUCUCAGAUUUUCAGGCCAUGGGAUUGAAGAAAGGGAUGUUUUUCAACCCAGACCCUUAUCUGAAGAUUUCCAUUCAACCUGGGAAACAUAGCAUCUUCCCGGCCCUCCCUCAUCAUGGACAGGAAAGGAGAUCCACAAUCAUAGGCAACACUGUGAACCCCAUCUGGCAGGCGGAGCAUUUCAGUUUCGUGUCUCUGCCAACUGAUGUGCUAGAAAUUGAAGUGAAGGACAAGUUUGCCAAGAGUCGUCCCAUCAUCAAGCGUUUCUUGGGAAAGCUGUCAAUGCCUGUUCAGAGGCUGCUGGAGAGACACGCCAUAGGGGAUAGGGUGGUCAGCUACACACUUGGCCGCAGGCUUCCAACUGACCAUGUGAGUGGACAGCUGCAAUUCCGAUUUGAGAUCACAUCCUCCAUCCAUGCAGAUGAUGAAGAGAUCUCUCUGAGUGCUGAACCUGAAUCAGCAGAAAUGCAAGACAGCGCCAUGAAUAGUGUGGUGGAAAACAGCAGUGGGGAGCCUCCUGAUGAUGCCGCAGAAGUCUGCAACGACUUGAAGCCAGAGUCACCAAGUGUAGGGAACGGAGUAAACAUCUCAGAAAACCAAAACCAGGAGCAUGCCGGGACAGUUGAGGAAGCUGCAGGCGCUAUGGAGGCCAGAGAUGGUAGCAAGUUCUCUGAAGGACCUGGUGAGGCUGGGGAACUUCAGGACCCAGAGCAACAUGAGACCCAGCCCACUCUGAGUGCAGAAGAAGUGGCAGAGGGACUUCCCCUGGAUGAUGACUGGCCACUCUCCCUGCUGCCAGAAGAGAGUACAGCUCUAGGCAGCAAGAUAGAAGAGGAAACGGUACCAGAAAAUGGAGCCAGAGAGGAAGAGAUGCAGGAGAAGGGGAAAGAUGAGGAGGGGGAAGAAGAGGAUGUUUCUACCCUGGAGCAAGGAGAGGCUGGACUGGAGCUGAGGGCCUCCGUGAGAAAAAAAAGUAGACCAUGUUCCCUACCUGUAUCUGAGCUUGAGACAGUGAUUGCAUCUGCCUGUGGAGACGCUGAGACCCCAAGGACCCAUUACAUCCGCAUCCACACCCUGCUGCACAGCAUGCCCUCGGCCCAGAGAGGAAGCACCACAGAGGAGGAAGAUGGAUUGGAGGAGGAAUCCACCCUCAAGGAGUCUUCUGAAAAGGAUGGGCUCAGCGAGGUGGACACAAUAGCUGCUGACCCACAGUCCAUGGAAGAUGGAGAGAACGAUGGGGCUACUCUAUGCAUGGCACCCUCUGAGUGCUCUCAGGGCCAUUUCUCCGGUUCAUCCAAAAGCAUUGGCGCUGGCCAAGAUGGCGAAGCUCACCCCAGCACUGGGAGUGAGAGUGACUCCAGCCCCCAGCAGGGAGCAGACCACAGUUGUGAGGGUUGUGAUGCCUCAUGCUGCAGCCCCUCAUGCUAUAGCACAUCAUGCUACAGCAGCUCCUGUUACAGCAGCUCCUGCUACAGCAGCUCCUGCUACAAUGGCAACAGUCGGUUUGCCAGCCACACACGCUUCUCCUCUGUGGACAGCGCCAAGAUCUCGGAGAGCACAGUCUUUUCUUCACAAGAGGAUGAGGAGGAGGAAAACAGCGCAUUCGAGUCGGUACCUGACUCGGUGCAGAGCCCGGAACUAGAUCCCGAGUCUACAAAUGGGGCUGGGCCUUGGCAGGAUGAACUGGCUGCCCCUGGUGGGAAUGCAGCAAGAACUACUGAAGGUCUGGAGUCCCCCAUGGCAGGUCCUAGCAAUAGGAGAGAAGGUGAAUGUCCUAUACUCCAUAAUUCCCAGCCAAUAAGCCAGCUUCCUUCCUUGAGGCCUGAACAUCAUCACUACCCAACAAUCGAUGAGCCUCUUCCACCAAACUGGGAAGCUCGAAUCGACAGCCAUGGACGGGUCUUUUAUGUGGACCAUGUAAAUCGCACAACUACCUGGCAGCGACCAACAAUGGCCCCUACCCCAGAUGGAAUGAUCAGAUCUGGGUCUGUCCACCAGAUGGAGCAGCUUAACAGAAGGUAUCAAAACAUCCAGAGAACUAUUGCAACAGAGAGACCUGAAGAAGAUUCUGGCAACCAAAGCUGUGAGCAAAUACCAGAUGGAGGAGGAGGAGGUGGAGGGAGUGACUCGGAAGCAGAAUCUUCCCAAUCGAGCUUAGAUCUGAGGAGAGAAGGGUCACUUUCUCCUGUCAACUCACAGAAGGUCACCUUGCUGCUGCAGUCUCCAGCGGUCAAGUUCAUCACCAAUCCUGAGUUCUUCACUGUCUUGCAUGCUAAUUAUAGUGCCUACAGGGUUUUUACGAGUAGCACUUGCCUGAAGCAUAUGAUUUUGAAAGUCCGACGAGAUGCUCGAAAUUUUGAGCGCUACCAGCACAACCGGGACCUGGUGAAUUUCAUCAACAUGUUUGCAGAUACUCGGCUGGAACUGCCCCGGGGUUGGGAGAUCAAAACUGAUCAUCAGGGAAAGUCUUUCUUCGUGGACCACAACAGUCGAGCUACUACUUUCAUUGAUCCCCGAAUCCCUCUUCAGAAUGGCCGUCUUCCCAAUCAUCUGACCCACCGACAGCACCUCCAGAGGCUCCGGAGUUACAGUGCUGGAGAGGCCUCAGAAGUCUCUAGAAACAGAGGAGCAUCUUUGCUGGCCAGGCCAGGACACAGCCUAAUAGCUGCUAUUCGAAGCCAACAUCAACAUGAGUCCUUGCCACUGGCAUACAAUGACAAGAUUGUGGCAUUUCUUCGCCAGCCAAACAUUUUUGAAAUGCUACAAGAACGUCAGCCAAGCUUGGCAAGAAACCACACACUCAGGGAGAAAAUCCAUUAUAUUCGGACAGAGGGCAAUCAUGGGCUUGAGAAAUUGUCCUGUGAUGCAGAUCUAGUCAUUUUGCUGAGUCUCUUUGAAGAAGAGAUCAUGUCCUAUGUCCCCCUGCAAUCUGCCUUCCACCCUGGAUAUAGUUUCUCUCCCCGCUGUUCACCCUGUUCCUCACCCCAGAACUCCCCAGGUUUACAGAGAGCCAGCGCAAGAGCCCCUUCACCAUACCGAAGGGAUUUUGAAGCUAAGCUCCGAAAUUUUUACCGAAAACUGGAAGCCAAAGGAUUUGGACAGGGUCCGGGUAAAAUUAAGCUCAUCAUCCGUCGAGAUCACUUGUUGGAGGGGACCUUCAAUCAGGUGAUGGCAUACUCCCGGAAGGAGCUCCAGAGAAACAAGCUCUACAUCACCUUUGUUGGAGAGGAGGGCUUGGACUACAGUGGCCCUUCUCGAGAGUUCUUCUUCCUGUUGUCUCAGGAGCUCUUCAACCCUUACUAUGGACUCUUUGAGUAUUCUGCAAAUGACACUUACACAGUACAGAUCAGCCCGAUGUCGGCAUUUGUAGAAAACUAUCUUGAAUGGUUUAGAUUCAGUGGUCGUAUCCUGGGCCUAGCUCUGAUCCAUCAGUACCUCCUGGAUGCUUUCUUCACAAGACCCUUCUAUAAGGGACUCCUGAAGCUGCCAUGUGAUCUGAGUGACCUAGAAUAUUUGGAUGAGGAAUUCCACCAGAGUUUACAGUGGAUGAAGGACAACAACAUCACAGAUAUUCUCGAUCUCACUUUCACUGUUAACGAAGAAGUUUUUGGACAGGUAACAGAAAGAGAGUUGAAGUCUGGAGGUGCCAACACGCAGGUGACUGAGAAGAACAAGAAGGAGUACAUUGAGAGGAUGGUGAAGUGGCGUGUGGAGCGUGGUGUGGUGCAGCAGACCGAGGCAUUGGUCAGGGGUUUCUACGAGGUUGUAGACUCAAGGCUUGUCUCAGUGUUUGAUGCGAGGGAGCUGGAGCUGGUGAUCGCUGGAACUGCAGAAAUCGACCUGAAUGACUGGAGGAAUAACACUGAGUACCGGGGAGGUUAUCAUGAUGGCCACCUUGUGAUCCGCUGGUUCUGGGCUGCAGUGGAACGAUUCAAUAAUGAGCAGAGACUGAGAUUACUACAGUUUGUGACAGGAACGUCAAGUGUGCCCUAUGAAGGCUUUGCAGCUCUGCGGGGAAGCAAUGGACUUCGACGUUUCUGCAUAGAGAAGUGGGGGAAGAUUACAUCUCUUCCCAGGGCACAUACAUGUUUCAACCGAUUGGAUCUCCCACCAUAUCCUUCAUAUUCCAUGUUAUAUGAAAAGCUGUUAACAGCGGUAGAAGAAACCAGCACCUUUGGACUUGAGUGAAGACGUGGAACCUCGACUGACAUUGUCCUGAACAGUGACACCAUCCUUUCUGGGAUGGCUUUGACUUUGACUCCUUUGACUUUGGUAUUCCAUGAUUUUUAUUUCAAAGCAAAUUAGAAUUGGCAAAAGCUGUGCAUGAAGAAUUGCCUUCUUCUAAGAUCUAAUCUUCAGGCUUAUCUCCUCUGUUUCCAAUGAACUGCUAGCCUGUAUGCAAUACUACAAAACAGCUGUCUCAAGGUCUGUGUAUACCUCCACAUACCUCCAUUCCUAACAAUGAAAUAUGAGCGCAAGUUAUGCUACACUUGACGAAAUGGUAAUAAAUGUUUACUUCCAUUUAUAUCAUUUAAAGAUAAUUUGAGCUGUAAGCAUUCCAUGCUUUUAUAUGUCCAUGUCUUCCAAGCAGAACCACCUUUAUUCUAAUUUCUAGCAACCAUUUCCAGACCUGGGAGCUGACAAUUUUUUUUUCUCUCUAUCUUACAUUUCCUAUUCAUUCUAUCCAAAUGGACAGCCAAAGCCACACAGAAAUGUUUUCUUCAUUCAACUCAUGAUUCAUAGGUGGUAUCAGUCCCAUCAGCCAGAACUAGCCUAGACAUAUGGUGCAAAUAUGAAACUUUCAGCAAUUAACAACAGCAAGAAGAAAAAGGUUAUCAGUAAAUCUAAGGGUUAGAUGGACUAUGAACUCAACUUGAGUUCAGAAAAGUGUAGUGGGGGAGCACCCCUUGUGAACCCUCACCACCCAAGAAGCACAAACUCGUGUACCAUGUCCAAGGAAGAAAUCCUAAUUGCUGUAGAUUGAAGGAUGAGCCUUUACCUCUAAUUUUGUCACAUAGAAAGUGAUAAGGCAAACAGGAAAAAGGACAGGACAUAUGGCAUUUAUUCAAAUCCAUGAAUUUUGUUUAAUCUAUUCUCAUGCGUAUAUAGUCCAGAUAAAUCUCAUGGCUUUUGUUACAACCAGGUUUAUCUGAUAGGACAACCUUUUGCUUCUUUUUAGCCUUGAUACUUUUCUCAUUCUUUUUUUCUUUUCUUUCCUUUUUUUUUUUUUAAAUCAUGGUGUUCAAAUUCUGUCACACCUAAUGUUCACAGACACCACAUACGAAGCUGCAGAGCACGACGGUGCUUGUUAAGGAUCACGGGCAAUAUAAACUUCUCCUUCAUCCAUAGUGAUUCUUCAAAGGCACACUGACUUGUGUCCAAAAAAAAAAAAAAAAUCCAUUUUUUUAAAGCAUUCAGCAAAAUAUCUAAGAAAAUGUGUUUUUAGAAAAACAAUCACAGGCUCCACAGACAGCCUGGCAUCUUAAGUACAUUUGAGGUAAAUCUAACCAUAAUGGUCAUUUGCUAUUUUUGUAACCAUGUUAUUCGUGUUGUCUGAAAUAUGACAUAAAUGAAAGUGGUUUUUCUUCACUGGGAAAAAGAAAAGCUAAAGAGACCCAACUAUUUAAAUAGUCAUUGUUGUAGUCAACAUAUAAAAGGAAAAUGUCUGAGAAUGUAAAGUUAACUUAUACUGAAGCCAUGCCUUAUGGCUCAGUAUAGCAGUGUGUUUUGUUCCUACACAUUAAAAUAUUUUCUUAGUAAAAAUUAUUCACAAUGCCAAAACACUCUGUGUUCCUGUGUUUCUUUGUCAAGCAAGAAGUAUCUAUGAUAAAAACUUAGUUUUCUAUUGCUAUUGAAAAAUAAGUUUUACCAAAAAUGGGGUGUACAUUGUAUGAAACACAGCUUGAGGGGUGAGUAAAAUUUGGCCCAUAUUUCAGUAUCUGAAAAAUAAUUUCAGUGGAGCUGUUAUUUAGUAAUGAAGUCAGAACAAAAGCACUGCUAAAAUCACUUUGACUGGAUCUUUAACUCUUAAAAUAUCAUAUUUAGAAUUCAUCUUAUACAUACAUAAAAACCCACAAAAAGAAUUCAAGUUUUUUACCACUUACUUGCCAUACAUUGAAAAGGAGGCUGUGGUUCAAAUAUAGAAAGCUGCUCCUGAAGAGCUUUACAAUUUGCAAAAAUGAGACAGUCUAUUAUUCAGAUAAAUAUAUAGUCUACCAACAUAUAGAAGGAAGAAAUUAUCUUAGAAAUGACAUAUGAAUAUGAAACCCAGAUAAAUAUAUUUUUAAUUAAUUUUUAGUUAUACCUCUACCCUAGUAUCAGGCUCUAAAUGAAUCCCAA